AUGCUAUUCAAGAUAAAUGAAGAGAAGUCACAAGCUGAGGCUGAAAUUGAGCUUUUUAAGAGCAACAUUGAGUCUUGCGAAAGGGAAAUAAAUUCUCUGAAAUAUGAACUGCAUUUAGCUUCCAAGGAGCUGGAAAUUCGUAAUGAGGAAAAGGAUAUGAGUAUGAGGUCUGCAGAAGCAGCCAACAAGCAGCAUAUGGAGGGUGUGAAAAAAAUAGCUAAGCUAGAAGCAGAGUGCCAAAGAUUACGUGGUCUUGUGCGGAAGAAGUUACCUGGUCCCGCUGCACUUGCCCAAAUGAAGUUAGAGGUUGAGAGUUUAGGCCGAGAUUACGGAGAAACUCGACUAAGGAGAUCUCCUGUUAAGCCUUCUAGUCCACACAUGUCCCCAGUGACUGAGUUUUCUCUUGACAACGUACAGAAAUUUCACAAGGAGAAUGAAUUUCUCACAGAACGUUUAUUAGCAAUGGAAGAAGAGACAAAGAUGCUGAAAGAAGCUUUGGCAAAGCGCAACAGCGAAUUGCAGACUUCAAGGGGUAUGUGUGCUCAGACAGUCAGCAAGCUUCAAACAUUAGAAGCACAACUUCAAAUCAAAGGUUCCCCAAAAUCCGUUGUACAAAUCACCACUGAAGGUUCCUCAAGUCAGAACGCAAGUAAUCCGCCAAGCUUGACCUCCUUGUCCGAAGAUGGAAAUGAUGAUGACAGAAGCUGUGCUGAGUCUUGGGCUACAACAUUGGGGUCUGAUCUCUCUCACAUCAGGAAGGAGAAGAGCAAUCAAAAGUCAAACAAAGCUGAAAAUCAAAACCAUUUGAAUCUUAUGGAUGACUUUCUGGAGAUGGAGAAGUUGGCUUGUUUGCCAAAUGACUCGAAUGGAGCCGUCUCCAUUUCAGACGGUCCAAACAAUAAGACAUCGGAAAGAGAGAAUCAUGAUGCUUCAGGAGAUGUCACAGCUGAAAAAGAUAUCCAAUCGGAGCAGCAGCAUGAUUUAAGUCCUUUGGAAGCUGCCCCUGGUGAAGCUCGAUCAAAAAUCUCUAUGCUAUUGGAGCUCUUAUCUAAGGACACUGAUUUUGGGAAAGUUAUUGAGGAUAUCAAACGUGUCGUCCAGGAAACACAAGAUACUCUGCACCCGCACACUGUAAACUGCAUUUCUGAGGAAGUUCACAGCUCAGAUGCCAUAUGUGACAGGCAGGCAAAUCCUGAGGAUUCUGGCUUAACUACAGAAAAGGAAAUCACUUUGUCCCAGCCAGCCAGGGGGACCAUGGAACUAAUGAAUGAAGAUCUGGCAUCUGCCAUUUCUUUGAUUAAUGACUUUGUGCUAUUCUUGGGCAAAGAAGUGAUGGGAGUGCAUGACACGUUUCCUGAUGGCAAUGAAUUAAGCCAUAAGAUUGAAGAAUUCUCUGGCGCAUUUAAUAAAGCUAUUCAUGGAAACUUAAGUUUGGCUGAUUUUGUUCUUGGCCUUUCUCAUGUUUUAGCAAACGUCGGUGAGCUGAAAUUUAAUGUUCUAGGCUACAAGGGUGUUGAAACAGAAACUAAUAGUCCUGAUUGUAUCGACAAGGUAGUAUUACCGGAGAAUAAGUUAGUUGAGAAGGAUUCAUCAGAAAGAUAUCAAAAUGUUUGUGUCCACAUUUCUAAUCAUUCUAACCCUGAAGUUCCUGAUGAUGGAAAUCUAGUCUCUGGGUAUGAAUCAAAUGCAGCACCAUGCAAAAUCUCACUGGAGGAGUUUGAACAAAUGAAAUCAGAGAAAGAUAACCUUGCAAUGGAUUUGGAAAGAUGUAAUGAAACUCUGGAGAUGACAAAGUCUCAGUUGCAGGAAACUGAACAGCUUCUCGCAGAAGCUAAAUCACAAUUUGCUUCCGCUCAAAAUUCAAAUAGCUUAGCCGAAACGCAGCUAAGAUGCAUGGCAGAAUCAUACAGGUCACUAGAGGCACGGGCUGAGGAAUUAGAAGCUGAACUGAAGCUUCUGCAAGUCAGAACUGAGACUCUGGAAAAUGAGCUUCAAGAAGAAAAAAGAAAUCAUCAAGAUGCUUUGGCCAGAUGCACGGAACUUCAAGAGCAGUUGAAAAGGAAUGAGCUCUUGGCAGCUGAGACUGAAUUCAAGACAAAACAGGACAGGGAGUUGGCUGAUGCAGCAGAGAAGCUUGCCGAGUGUCAAGAAACCAUAUUUCUUCUAGGCAAGCAGUUGAAAUCUUUGCAUCCGCAAACAGAGCACAUGGGAUCUCCAUACAGUGAGAGGAGUCAAAAGGGUGAAGGGUUCACUGAGGACGAACCCACUACCACGGUGCGAGACUCAGAUCAAGCCGAGAUGGAGGGCACUGCUUUUGCCAAUGUAAACAGAGUGGGCGGCGAGUCACCGGUGAAUCUGUAUAACACCCCAUGUAGCCCCUCCGAUACAGAGGCGAACACUCUCUUGAAAUCACCAGUCAAUUCCAAAUAUCCAAAACACAGGCCUACCAAGUCAACUUCCUCAUCUGCCUCUUCUACCCCAACACCAGAGAAACAUCAACGCGGCUUCAGCAGAUUCUUUUCCUCCAAAGGAAAGAAUGGUUAUUAG